UUCGCCAAUCGCCAAUUCGCCAUGGCCACGGCUGCGUGUGCUCCUCCACUCGGCGCCACAGAAAGGGUGCCAAGAAAAGGAAAAGAAAACCAUUUUUUCCCUACCCAAAUCGAGGGCGUGUCCAGGUAAACAGGAGCGCGCGAGAGAGUGCGCGGCUCGGCGCCGAAGGAAUCCAUCGAGUUCGCCCCCAAGAAUUCGUGGGAGCUGCGGACAGGAGUGAGUUUUCGCCGCCGAUUCCGUCGCCGGCGACUGUGUCGGCAAGCGCCGAAGAUAUCGGAACUUGAGGCCCAAGAUGGAGCUCUGCACGGCAUGUAUCUGGACUUCAGCGCAGUGGUCUCAAACAGUAACUCCUAACAGACGAGCAUCAUACCAUGGAUUUGUGAGGUCAAUCUCCACAUCACCCCAAAGGAGAAGGCGAUCAACCCUCUGUGUCAUGAAUGCUGCAUCAACUAGUGCUCCAGUCUCAUCUCAAAGCGUAACCCAACUUCCACGCAGCAGCGGCUCAGGUCUCAAAAGUAUAUCCAGCAACAAACCCAGCAGUGCAAUGGAGCAACUUGAUAUUGAACGUGGUGUUUGUAUCCCAUUCCGAAAGUACACUCCAGAAAUGGUCAGGAAAAAGGUAUUGGAUUCAAGAGGCUCCAUACUAUCCCUCGCUAGUCGGGGAGUGUAGAUAAUUUGGAAACUCGGAUUUUACUGGUCAUCUCUAAUGUAUGAUUUCUUGGUUGGACGGGAUGAAGAAAUUGUUCCAUAUCGCGCCCGCCAGCUUCACAAUCUUUUAUGUGAUCUGGGGCCAUCUUUCAUCAAAGCAGGACAGGUUCUAGCAAACAGGCCUGAUAUUAUUUGAGAGGAUUAUAUGAAUGAACUCUGCAUCUUGCAAGAUGAUGUUCCUCCAGUCCCUAACCAGGUGGCUUUUGCCAUAAUUGAGGAGGAACUUGGACAGCCUCUAGAGAGAUUGUUCAGCAAAAUUUCAUCAGAGACAAUAGCAGCUGCUAGUUUGGGCCAAGUUUACCGCGCCACACUAAGAGAAACUGGCGAGGAUGUUGCUAUUAAGGUUCAGAGACCAGGGAUUGAACCAAUAAUAUACCGAGACCUUUUUCUGUUCCGCACUCUGGCUUCAUUUUUGAAUGGGAUUAGUCUUCAGAAAUUAGGGUGCAACGCAGAGCUUAUUGUUGAUGAAUUUAGUGAAAAACUUUUGGAAGAACUUGAUUACACUCUUGAAGCUACAAAUAUCGAGGAUUUCCUAGAAAAUUUUAAGGAUGAUCCAACUGUUAAGAUACCUCAAGUGUACAAGCAGCUCUCAGGUUCUCGUGUUCUGGUGAUGGAGUGGAUAGAUGGAAUUAGAUGUACGAACCCACAGGCUAUAAAAGAAGCUGGAAUUGAUGUGGAAGGCUUUCUCACAGUUGGAGUAAGUGCUGCCUUGCGUCAGUUACUUGAAUUUGGUCUUUUCCAUGGAGGUCCACAUCCUGGGAAUAUUUUUGCAAUGCGUGAUGGUCGGAUUGCAUAUGUCGACUUUGGCAAUGUGGCCGUCCUUAGCCAGCAAAAUAAACAAAUCCUAAUCGAUGCUGUUGUUCAUGCUGUCAAUGAAGAUUACGCUGAAAUGGCAAAUGACUUCACUAGGCUGGGUUUCCUCGCUAGUGGAACAGAUGUAGCCCCAAUUAUUCCAGCUCUGGAAGCCAUUUGGCAAAACUCAGCUGGAAAAGGCUUGGCAGAUUUCAAUUUCUGGAGUGUGACUGGGAAGUUCAAUCAGCUCGUCUACAACUACCCAAUCCGCAUUCCAGAAAGGUUUUCCUUGGUUAUCCGUUCGUUGUUGACGCAAGAAGGAAUUUGCUUAACACUAAAGCCUGAUUUUAAGUUUCUUGAGGUUGCAUAUCCAUAUGUAGCAAAGCGUCUGUUGACAGAUCCAAACCCUGCUCUGAGAGAACGCCUGAUUCAGUUGCCACGUCAAGUCGCAGACGAAGAUGCCGCGAGUCGAACGAUAUCCCAGGCGAACAGAUCGUCAAGAGAAAAGAAUAGAGUCCAGGUGCUGAGGAAGCCGCAUGUUGAGCCGAGCGUGUGCCGCCCCUGGAGCCGCGCUGAUCGCGUCGAAGCAGCCGGAGCCACGCGUCUGCCGACUGCCGUCUACGCUUGGACGAUACGUGGGCUGUCCACGUGGUGCAAAUCUACGAUGGUGCUGCACGGCGCUUUACAGCCCUCAUAUAAUUUUUUUCCCGACGAACGGAGUGGCUGCUCGGCGUUUGUUGGCAAGCUACUGGGAAACUUUUUGUAUGCCGCAUCAGGAAUGUUGCUGGAAAUUUUUUUCUACAUUACUGAGACGAACCAGCUGAGUCUCAUGGUCGUCAAGCAGCUGAGCCAUUAGCAAUAUAUAUUCAGCAUAGCUAUCUAGCUGAUCAAUUAAA